UUAUUAUUAUUAAGUUAAGACGAAAAUAUAAAUUAGGAUUCCUUCCUCAUGAGGAAGCCUGGAUUAAGUACAUUUUAUUGGUUCAAUUUUAAGCUAUGGUAUGAAAAACUAGAGAAAUCCAAUAGAGGAAAAUGUAAGAAUUUGUUAUGUUUGCUGGGUAUUUGCCAUUUGGUUGAAGCAUGGAAAGAGGAGGAAAGGUAUCAAACGACAAUAAAGGAAAUAAGUAAUUAGUUUCAUUUCUUAUAGUCCAAAUAAAAUAAAUAAAAAUUAGCCAUGCGAUACAUGAACUUUGUUUAGGAUGGAAAACUUAUUAGGCCAACUUUGAACUUUCUUCACCAGAAAAUGCAUAUUAUUCUAAGUUAACUUAAGUUGGAAUUAUUUAAGAAAACCAAUCAAAAACAUAAUUGUUUAUGAAAAAAGCCUAAAUAGUAUCGCAAUAUGUAUGUGGAUGUCAACUAGCAUAGAGGUUAAUGUCUUGGAAAAUGGUAUCCAAUACUUAGAAUCAAAUCUUGUAUAUAUCAUAUGUCGUCGUGGCUAAAAAACUAAAUUAUUAUAUGUUGGAUUUUUUGUCCGAAAUUACUUUUAACUUUCAAGUUUUUGCGAGAAACUAUCUUAUAAAAAAUCGUUAUCUCAAACUACCUUAUUUUUACCAUUUUGUUGUUUACAGUUAACUCAUGCGGAUUUUCAACAUUGACUUUUGUUUUUUCCAUUGGGAUCCUGAUCACUCCAGAAUAUCCCCACUUCAUUUUUCAUCUCUUUUUUUCAUUUUUUUCUUGGGUGUGUAAAUUUGUACUUUAUUUUUUUCUCAUAAAAAUUAUUUUGUGGUUGAUGUUAAACCCUCACUCUCAAACCCAUUUUUUUUUCUUUUGACUCUUCUUUCCCACUACCCGCCCUUUCCUCCUUAAGUCUUAAUCACACUUUGAGUUUUGACUAUAAGUGUCAAGUUUCUGUACUCACUCAAAGAUCAAAUUUUUCCAUUGAAGAAAACACAAUCAACCAGUAAAAUGGACAUGGGUAUUUCAUCAAUCUCUUUUUCUUUCACUCACUUGAAAUACCCAGUUCAUAAUUUCCUUCAAAAUCCGAUCUUUUCGCGAGAAUUCUCUGUUUUUUUCAUACACCUAAUUCUGUUAUUUGGUCUAACUUAUUCUUGGCUGUGCAAAUUGUUUCAAAGAGUUAGCAACAACAAGUUCAAAGAUAGAAACUUUUGGUAUUAUAAACCUGUUUUUUUUCCUUCUUUAGGUCUUUCUUUAUAUAGUAUGGUAUUGUUUUGCUUGAAUUUUUUUUUGGUAUAAAAAUGGUUGGUCAGAUGAUAUGCUAACUACCCUUUUGGAUUUAGCAUUGAGAGUGUUAACUUGGUUGCUAGUUUCUAUUUACUUGCAUACUCAAUUUCAUAACCUCUCAAAUGGUGUAAUUCUUCCACUUUCUUUGAGAAUUUGGUGGGCUUUUUACCUUUUUGUUUCUUGUUAUUGCCUUGUGAUAGAAAUUAUCCAAUUUAGGAGGAACCAAGAUUUCCCAAUUCAAAUUUUGGUUUCUGAUAUUGUCUAUAGUAUAUCAGGAAUUAUUCUUUGUGGUGUUGGGUUUUGGGGGAAGGUUGCUGUUGAGGAUAGUGAUCUUCAAGAGCCCCUUUUGAAUGGUAACGGUAGAGUUGAUUCUAGUAUGAGUGAAGGGAAUGAAAGAAUUAGUCCUUAUACGAAUGCUGGUUUGCUUAGUACCCUAACUUUCACUUGGGUGGGUUCUUUAAUUUCCAAAGGCUAUAAGAAAACUUUGGACCUAGAGGAUGUACCUUCGUUUUCGGGCAUGGAUGAUGUUAGUGUAUCUCAUAUGGUUUUUAGAAAUUUUAUGGAUUCUGGUAGAGAGGAUAGUGAUAAGAAGGUGACAACUAUGCAGCUUGUGAAAUCUUUGAUCUUCACAACAUGGGUAGAUAUCCUAUUUACCGGUUUCCUUUGUGUUCUUAAGACAUUAGCAUCUUAUGUAGGUCCGUACCUCAUUGAUACCUUUGUCCAGUACCUUAAUGGGAGAAGGGAAUUUAAAAAUCAAGGCUUGUUUCUAGCUUCUGCAUUCUUCAUUGCUAAGCUUGUGGAAUGCCUUUCUCAGAGACAUUGGUUCUUUAGGCUUCAAGUAGUUGGGAUUAGGGCGAAGGCUAUGCUUAUAGAGAGCAUUUAUAAUAAGGCAUUAACCCUCUCGUGUCAAUCCAAGCAAGGUCAUACUAGUGGGGAGAUUAUCAACUUUAUAUCUGUUGAUGCCGAGAGAGUUGGUGAUUUUAGUUGGUACAUGCAUGAUCCUUGGAUGGUCAUAUUACAAAUUGUAUUGGCCUUGAUGAUCUUAUAUAAAAGUCUAGGUCUUGCAUCAAUUGCUACACUUGUUGCAACCGUGAUCAUUAUGCUGGCCAAUUUUCCUUUGUCAACACUGCUUGAGAAGUAUCAGGAAAUAAUGGAAUGCAAGGAUAAGAGAAUGAGCACAUCUGAGAUAUUGAAGAACAUGAGAAUCUUGAAGCUUCAAGCAUGGAGGCUGAAAUUCUUGUCAGGAUUGUUGAACUAAGAGAUAACGAGAAUAAAUUGGUUGAAGAAGUUCCUUUAUACUACUGCCAUAACAACUUUUGUGUUCUGGGGUGCCCCAACAUUUGUGUCCGUUAUUACUUUCGGGACAUGUAUGUUGAUAGGUAUCCCUCUUGAAUCAGGAAAGCUUUUGUCUGCACUUGCAACAUUUAGGAUGCUUCAGGGACCCAUUUACAAUCUCCCAGACACAAUAUCUAUGAUAAUUCAAACUAAAGUUUCCCUUGAUAGAAUUGCCUCUUUCCUUUGCCUUGAUGACUUGGAGCUGGAUACUGUAGAAAGACUUCCUAGGGGUACUUCUGAAGUUGCAAUAGAGAUAAAUGAAGGGAACUUCAGUUGGGAUUUAUCAGUCCCAAGUCCAUCAUUGACGGACAUCAAUCUUACAGUUCAACAUGGUAUGAGGGUGGCAGUUUGUGGUACAGUUGGUUCCGGCAAGUCAACCCUACUUUCUUGCAUUUUGGGAGAAGUACCGAAGAUAUCUGGUAUUCUAAGAUUGAGUGGUUCCAAGGCUUAUGUACCACAAUCCCCUUGGAUCCAGAGUGGCAAGAUAGUCGAUAACAUUUUGUUUGGCCAGGAAAUGGAUCGUGAAAGGUAUGAUAGGGUCCUGGAGGCAUGUUCUUUGAAGAAAGAUCUAGAAAUCUUAUCUUUCGGAGACCAGACUAUUAUUGGUGAGAGGGGUAUCAAUCUGAGUGGUGGUCAAAAGCAAAGGAUACAAAUUGCUCGUGCUUUAUACAAAGAUGCUGACAUAUAUCUGUUUGAUGAUCCUUUUAGUGCUGUUGAUGCGCACACGGGUAGUCAUCUCUUCAAGGAAUGUCUGCUUGGUCUUUUAGGAUCGAAGACUGUGAUAUAUGUCACACAUCAAGUGGAGUUCUUACCUACUGCAGAUUUAAUCUUGGUCAUGAAGAAGGGGAGGAUACUGCAAGCAGGAAAAUACAAUGAUAUUCUUGCUUCAGGCACAGACUUCAUGGAACUUGUGGGAGCACACAAAAAAGCCUUAUCUGCAAUUGAUUCAACUGAGCCUGGAGUAAUAAAUCCAAUUAAUAAUGAGGCAGAUAGUGAUAAGAAAGCUUUAGAAGAGGAGAGCAAUGUUGGCAAUGUUGGAAAAGUCGAUGAUAUGACGGUGCCUAAGGGACAACUUGUUCAAGAAGAGGAAAGAGAGAAGGGUAGAGUUGGACUUAUAGUGUAUUGGAAAUAUAUCACAACAGCAUAUGGGGGAGCAUUGGUACCAUUCAUAUUGCUGGCUCAAAUUCUUUUCCAAACUCUUCAAAUCUUGAGCAAUUACUGGAUGGCUUGGGCAACGCCUGUCUCCUCUGAUGCUAAACCAACAGUUGAUGGGAAAACUUUAAUACUUGUCUAUGUUGCUUUGGCCAUUGGAAGCGCCUUUUGUAUCCUAGCAAGGGCAACUCUCCUUAUGACAGCUGCAUAUAAAACAGCUACUUCACUUUUUAGUAAGAUGCAUUCUUGCAUUUUCCGUGCUCCAAUGUCAUUUUUUGAUUCUACCCCAAGCGGGCGGAUCUUAAACCGGGCAUCUACAGAUCAGAGCGCUGUGGAUAUGGACAUUGCAUCUCAAGUUGGUUCAUUUGCAUUCGCGUUGAUACAACUUCUCGGAAUCAUUGUGGUGAUGUCACAAGUUGCAUGGCAGGUUUUCGUGAUUUUUAUCCCCGUCAUUGCAAUUUCUCUUUGGUAUCAGCAAUAUUACAUACCCUCUGCACGAGAACUUUGUCGAUUGGUUGGAUUAACAAAAGCUCCAGUGAUACAGCAUUUCGCCGAGACUAUAUCUGGAGCAACAACUAUUAGGAGCUUCGAUCAAGAAUCGCGAUUCGUUAAAACAAGCAUGAAGCUAGUAAAUGGAUUCUCAAGGCCCAAGUUUUACAACGCUGCUGCAACGGAAUGGCUUUGCAUUCGCUUGGACUUGUUGUCUUCAAUUACAUUUGCUGCCUCAUUGAUAUUUCUCAUCUCGAUUCCUGUAGGAUUGAUUGAUCCUGGAAUUGCUGGUUUAACUGUUACAUAUGGGCUAAAUCUGAACAUGGUACAAAGCUGGGUGAUAUGGAAUUUAUGCAAAAUGGAGAAUAAAAUCAUCUCAGUUGAGAGGAUCCUUCAGUAUACUUCUAUCCCAAGUGAACCUCCCCUUAUUAUUGAAGAAACUAGGCCAGACCCGUUUUGGCCUUCUCAUGGAGAAGUCAAUGUUCAAGACCUUCAGAUUCGUUAUGCGCCACAUAUGCCACUUGUGUUACGGGGUAUUACAUGCGUCUUUCAAGGGGGAAAGAAGACGGGCAUUGUAGGGAGGACAGGAAGUGGUAAAUCUACCCUCAUCCAGGCACUUUUUCGCAUCGUUGAACCUGCAGCUGGAAAGAUAACAUUAGAUGGUGUCAACAUAUCUUCCAUUGGACUGCAUGAUUUACGGUCCAGAUUAAGUAUAAUACCACAGGAUCCCACAAUGUUCGAAGGAACUGUACGGAGCAACUUGGAUCCCCUUGAAGAAUACUCUGAUGAACAGAUUUGGGAGGCCCUUGACAAAUGCCAACUUGGAGAUGAUAUUAGAAAGAAAGAAGGGAAGCUUGACUCAAUAGUUACAGAGAAUGGAGAGAAUUGGAGCAUGGGGCAAAGGCAGCUUGUAUGUCUAGGCCGGGUGCUUCUUAAGAGAAGCAAAGUAUUGAUUCUAGAUGAAGCAACUGCAUCCGUCGACACAGCAACAGAUAAUUUGAUUCAGCAUACACUCAGGGAACAUUUCUCAGAUUCAACGGUUAUAAUCAUCGCUCAUCGGAUUACUUCUGUUAUUGAUAGUGAUAUGGUAGUGCUUUUAAGUCACGGGCUUGUUGAGGAAUGCGAUUCUCCUUUGAAGUUGCUAGAAAACAAGUCAUCGUCGUUUGCUAAACUCGUUGCAGAGUAUUCGACAAGAUCUUUAUCAAACUCAGAGAAAACAUCUUAACACCAUAGUGAAGUUUCUAGGAGAGCUCGGCUAUAAUGCUUGAAAAGAGAUGAUGACGAAAAUCACCGAAAUUUUGAAUACUUUGUUCCAUAUUACUUGCAACACUUUGAACAAAAACUCUCACAUUUCUGGUUAAAGUGUUGCAAGUAAUUUAGAACGGAGGAAGUAGACUAUUAUAUACUUGUACAGAAAGUAAGAUUGGAGAGAAUGUGGCGGUAGUUCAUAAUGUCAAAAUGCAUUUAAGGAAAAGGUGUUAGAAAAAAGUAUCAAACUUCUUGUGUUUUAGUUUGGUUGCAUUCUUAUUGGUAGGCAAUUUACAAUUGCAUUGUAUUUGUGUAACCUAAUAAACAGGCUAUUGUUAGGGUCUA